AUGACCAAAGAUAUGACUGACUUUCUGAAGCCUCUUCCAGACGUGGCGGAUCGAAUUGCCAAAUGGAAGGAUGGCAUUGUGACGAAGGCUACGAAAGCAGCUGAGAAUUCACUGGUCAAGACCUUGAAGAAGAACCAUGCAGCCAUCAGCUCGACGGAAUCCAUCCAGCAGAUGCAGGAUGUCAUGGCGACGGCCACAUGCAAGGCCGAGGAGUACUUUGAGACCCUCUUUGUCCCUUUGCAUCGGCUUGGCAAUACAUCUGAGAUGGCGACAGCGCGUGGGAAGUUGAUGCUCCAGGCUCUGCACCAGUCUCAGGGUGAAGCUUCCGAGGAACAGCAGGUGAAAGUUGGUUUUGCGGCUGCUCAGUUGGCGCAGCAGCGCGAGGGUUUGUUGAAGGUCAAGGUCAAGAAAGACAAGACGGCCUCAGCCAACAAGCAAAGCUUGUUGACGAUUGGCAAACAUCUUCUCAAGUAA